GGAAACCGGUCUCAUUGAACGCGGCGGCUCCCGAGAGGUCUGCAGUUUUUUAUUUCCUCCGCCACGCAGCCGGGCCUCCACGCGCGCAACCAUGUCGAAGGGACCUGCGGUUGGCAUCGAUCUCGGCACCACCUACUCGUGCGUGGGCGUCUUCCAGCACGGGAAAGUGGAGAUCAUCGCCAAUGACCAGGGAAACCGAACCACCCCCAGCUACGUCGCCUUCACCGACACGGAGCGCCUGAUCGGCGAUGCCGCCAAGAACCAAGUGGCGAUGAACCCCACCAACACGGUUUUCGAUGCCAAGCGCCUGAUUGGACGUCGGUUUGAUGAUGCUGUUGUCCAGUCUGAUAUGAAGCACUGGCCCUUCAUGGUGGUGAAUGAUGCAGGCAGACCCAAGGUCCAAGUAGAAUACAAGGGAGAGACCAAGAGCUUCUAUCCAGAAGAGGUGUCUUCCAUGGUUCUGACAAAGAUGAAGGAAAUCGCAGAAGCCUACCUUGGGAAGACCGUCACCAAUGCUGUUGUUACAGUUCCUGCUUAUUUCAAUGACUCUCAGCGUCAGGCUACCAAAGAUGCUGGAACCAUUGCUGGUCUUAAUGUACUUAGGAUCAUCAAUGAGCCAACUGCUGCUGCUAUUGCCUAUGGUUUGGACAAGAAGGUUGGAGCAGAAAGGAACGUGCUGAUCUUUGACCUCGGAGGUGGCACUUUUGAUGUGUCUAUCCUCACUAUUGAAGACGGAAUCUUUGAGGUCAAAUCAACAGCUGGAGACACCCACUUAGGUGGGGAAGAUUUUGACAACCGAAUGGUCAACCAUUUUAUUGCAGAAUUCAAGCGAAAGCAUAAGAAGGACAUCAGUGAGAAUAAGCGGGCUGUCCGUCGUCUGCGCACUGCUUGUGAGCGUGCAAAGCGUACCCUUUCUUCCAGCACCCAGGCCAGUAUUGAGAUUGAUUCACUGUAUGAAGGCAUCGACUUCUAUACCUCCAUAACCCGGGCACGAUUUGAAGAGUUGAAUGCUGAUCUGUUCCGAGGCACUCUGGACCCAGUAGAGAAGGCCCUUCGUGAUGCCAAGCUGGACAAGUCCCAGAUCCACGAUAUUGUCCUGGUGGGUGGUUCUACCCGUAUUCCCAAGAUUCAGAAACUUCUUCAGGACUUCUUCAACGGAAAAGAACUCAACAAGAGCAUCAACCCUGAUGAGGCUGUAGCAUAUGGUGCAGCUGUGCAGGCUGCCAUUCUUUCUGGAGACAAGUCUGAAAAUGUUCAGGACCUGCUUCUGUUGGACGUCACUCCUCUCUCCCUUGGCAUUGAAACUGCUGGUGGGGUCAUGACUGUCCUCAUCAAGCGCAAUACCACCAUUCCUACCAAGCAGACACAGACCUUCACCACCUACUCUGACAACCAGCCUGGUGUGCUCAUUCAGGUUUAUGAAGGUGAGCGUGCUAUGACCAAGGAUAACAACCUGCUUGGCAAGUUCGAACUCACAGGCAUCCCUCCUGCUCCCCGUGGUGUUCCUCAGAUUGAGGUCACUUUUGAUAUCGAUGCCAAUGGUAUCCUCAACGUGUCUGCUGUGGACAAGAGUACAGGGAAAGAAAACAAGAUCACCAUCACUAAUGACAAGGGCCGGUUGAGCAAGGAGGAUAUUGAGCGUAUGGUCCAGGAGGCUGAGAAGUACAAAGCUGAAGAUGAGAAGCAGCGAGACAAGGUGUCUUCCAAGAAUUCCCUUGAAUCCUAUGCCUUCAAUAUGAAGGCAACAGUUGAAGAUGAAAAACUUCAAGGCAAGAUUAAUGAUGAUGACAAACAGAAGAUUCUUGACAAAUGUAAUGAAAUCAUCAACUGGCUUGAUAAGAACCAGACUGCUGAGAAGGAGGAAUUCGAACAUCAACAGAAAGAGCUGGAGAAAGUCUGCAACCCCAUCAUCACCAAGCUGUACCAGAGUGCAGGUGGCAUGCCAGGAGGAAUGCCCGGUGGUUUCCCUGGUGGUGGUGCUCCUCCCUCUGGUGGUGCCUCCUCUGGGCCAACCAUUGAAGAGGUUGAUUAAGCCAGCCUGAACAUAGACGCAUAUAUAUAGCAUUGUUCCACACAAAACAUUGAAGGACCCAAAUUUGUAGCAAAUUCCGUGGCAAUUAAGUUGUUAAUAGUAAUAAGUUAACCGGGCAUUCUUGAUACUUGAAUAUGGAACAUUCUUGCACAGGGAAAAACAAACGGCAACAAACAUUGCACUUUAUAAGCACUGUAUCGUGAGUGGAAAAUGCAAUGUCUUAAAUAAAACUAUUUAAAAUUGGCA